AUGACGAAGGAGGUGGCGGAGCAGGGUUCGUACGGGUCGAAGGACUACCACGACCCGCCGCCGGCGCCGCUGAUCGACGCGGAGGAGCUCACAAAGUGGUCCUUCUACCGAGCGAUAAUCGCCGAGUUCAUAGCUACGCUUCUCUUCCUCUACAUCACUGUCGCCACCGUCAUUGGGUACAGCAGCCAAUCGGCCGCCGACGCGUGCGGUGGGGUCGGGGUGCUCGGCAUCGCCUGGGCCUUUGGCGGCAUGAUUUUCAUCCUCGUCUACUGCACCGCUGGAAUUUCUGGGGGUCACAUUAACCCGGCUGUGACAUUUGGGCUCUUUUUGGCCCGAAAAGUGUCUCUGGUGCGGGCCGUGAUGUACAUGGUGGCCCAAUGCCUUGGGGCCAUCUGCGGGGUUGGCCUCGUCAAGGCCUUUCAGAGCUCGUACUACAAUAGACACGGCGGUGGCGCAAACGCGCUUGCGGCGGGGAUUAGCACAGGAGUUGGGCUUGCGGCUGAGAUUAUCGGCACUUUUGUGCUUGUGUACACCGUCUUCUCCGCCACUGACCCUAAGAGGAGUGCAAGAGACUCACAUGUCCCUGUAUUGGCACCUCUCCCAAUUGGAUUUGCAGUAUUUGUGGUCCAUUUGGCCACCAUACCGAUCACCGGCACAGGCAUCAACCCGGCUAGGAGCCUUGGAGCUGCAGUUAUCUACAACAAUGAUAAAACUUGGGACAAUCAUUGGAUAUUCUGGGUGGGACCCUUCAUUGGUGCAGCCAUUGCAGCUUUCUACCAUCAGUUCAUAUUGAGGGCUGGAGCAGUUAAAGCCCUUGGCUCCUUUAGAAGCAGUGCUUCCCAUGUUUAA